AAUGUAAUUGCCUACCACUAGACCAUUCAGCGCUGAAAAAUAAUACUGCAUAUUUAUGCAAAGCUUGAGGAGGCAGGAUUCAAAAUAGCGUUACUACUGAGCAGAGUGGACACGGAAGAGCGUCGGUCACUGUUUUAUUUAUGAGUAUAAACCACUUCUGUGCCUUUGUAAUGAGGCACUUUCUCUGGAACACACAGCACCUCCUGAUGAGAGGCUCCCAUCACAAUUAUUUAGAAUUGUUUUCUUCCCCAACAGCAGCACAGUAAUGCUGAACAGCUGUUAACUAAUCCCUUUGCGCAUUCCUGUGGUUGAUUUCUUUACAAGCACCUCAAGGUGUUUUAGAUGAGAUAGGAACUAUUGGUAAAUCCUGGCCAAAAGAAACCUGUCUAUAAUGACUUCCUCUGAUAACCGACAUAGUUCUUUCUGCUCGGGUUUACAGCUCUGGACACUGAGAGGUGCGAGUUGAAAAGCAAGAUCAACAACGUCAAUCAUCAAACAUACCUGAAUGGCACAGAUCGUCUGGUCGUGAGGAGGGGCCAGCCUUUCAUCAUCACCCUGCACCUCCGCUCUGGGCAAUUCCAGCCUGGCGCAUCCACCUUCAGCUUUGUCGCUGAGACAGGCCCCUGCCCGUGUGAGUCAUCUGGCACCAAAACAGAGUUCUCCCUCUCGGACAAGAUUAAUAUGAACCAGUGGAGUGUGGCGGUGUCCUCCCACUUGGGCAACACCGUGUCCCUGACCAUCUACUCCCCGCCCGACGCCAGGAUUGGUCGCUACUCGCUGACAAUGAAGCAGGUUGGCAGCACCCGGCUCGGAGACUUCGUCCUGCUCUUUAACCCCUGGUGCCCAGGUGAUUCCGUGUACAUGGAGAACGAGGAAGAGCUCAAAGAAUACGUGUUGAGUCAGGAUGGACUGAUCUUCCGCGGAACUGAGAAACACAUUACACACUGCGCCUGGAACUUUGGACAGGUAAUUGGGUUAGAGAGCAGGGUGUAGGCAAGCCAUUCACUUGCUUUGUUGUUGAUCAUUCUGGUAAUGCUUAAUUUCAAGUCAUAAUAACAUAAUUAAAUCGCCCAAAAGAAGAUCUGCCUUUCCUCACUAAUUUAUUUUGCUUUCUAACCUCAGAAAUCAAUACAUGGGUUUAACAAAAAAAAAAAGGUUUCUGAUUUUAA